GUUUUGCACAUUAAAUCAAAUGAAUUCGAAAACAAAACACCACCUAUGGGACACCGGUGAUUCUGAGAGGCCAGAACCAGAGCAAAGCACCCCAGCAGCAUCCCCUCGCAAGCGGCGCGCCUUCCGCUGCCCUCAGGCGAUGUUCGAUGGCAAAUGUCUUGCCUAAUAAUAGCGAGAGAGGUGUCCGCAGCAGCUCACCGGGCUCACAGUGUGGCCGCUGCUGAGGUGAAUGCAGAGAUAAGCGUAUUUUGAGGAAGGCGAUCAGGAGGAGGAGGUGGUGGUGGAUGAGGGCGGGGGAGGAGAGGCGAGAGGAUGGAGAGGGAGUGGGACCCGGAUGCUGAUGCGAGUGAGACGAAGGAAGGAAGAGGAGAGAGAAAAUAUCGAUUUACGGCAAGAAAACCGAAGGGAGUGUAAUACAGGGGGGCCUUUACCCUGCGUGAACUAUAAUCAGAAGCGAGGAGGGGGAAUAAGGCAGUCGAUAAUAGUGCGGACUCAUCUGCGGAUCUCUGUGUGUUUUUUUGCACCUGUGUAUCCGCCGGUGAGGGAGGAGGACACGCCAAAGGAGAGAGGAGAAGAUGCUGUGAUCCGCUACUUGCAGCAGGGAUGUAGAGGGAGAGACGGGGGGGGAGAGAGAGAGACAGGGAGGGGGAGGACUACGCUACGCUAAAGAUGGUUGUUUUGCGAGGAGUGCGCGUUUCACCCCGAAAUAUUGCGAGAAUGCGGCGGCCGUCCGAUGAAUCUUACCGUUUGGCGAUGCCCGGAAACUUCAGGAGGUGUCGGUUUUUUUGACAGGCGGCGCGAGCGACAACGGCCGUUGGUCAAGGCGUUUGAGGCUAACUCAAGCUAGCCUCGCUGCUGUGUGGGAGAGCGGCGGCGAGGCUAAAAUAGCAUGUUGUUGCACCUGUAAAAUAGGCCUAACAGAGAGGAUAAAAUUGAUUUAAUUUCUAUUGCUGACAUCGACUUAACGUAUUUAACGUUUUGUUGCUAGACUCGACUACCAAAUGACAUUUAUCUUCGAGGCAGGCGUGGAAAAACCUGCUUGUUUUUAAAGCUAUAAAACGUUAACGUUACUCUGCGAUAAUUUUCUUAUUAACCGUCAUAUAUAGUUAACGUCUUACGCAUAACAAGGCGCAGGUUAUACAAAUAAGCUAAUGUACAGAAGUAAAACUCAUUAGUUUGCCUUUCUUGUCAUGUUUAUAUUUAGGGUAGUGGUCGGUAUUUAACACAUAAAACAGCCUAGUAACUUACUGUCAUCUCAGUUUCUCUGCUUUAGUCUACCACUAGCAAGCUAUUUUUGUUAAAUAUACAUGUUUACCGCGCUUUAGAGCAAAAAAGGCAAAGAUAUUUAGCUACGUUUAUUAACCAGGUUUAGAUGAAGAAUGUUCAUUUAUCAUCUAGAUGUUGUAAAUCAGCACCGGCUUGCGUUUUUUUUACAUGUUCACACCCAGUAACUUCAGAGUAGCAGUGUUAUCACUGAAAAUAAAAGAUCUUCGUUCUUCUAAGUUGAGCACCAUCUUGUAUCCCUCAAUAACUUCUGUAUAAGCUGUAUAAUAUCAAAGUAAUUGCAAUAAUCACAGUGCAGUAGUAGUAGUAGUGUAUUAGCCUGAGCAGUAUGAGUAAGGAACUGUCUCUAAGUCAGUCAGCUCAAUAUGUUGGGCCUUAUCGACUGGAAAAAACACUGGGGAAGGGACAGACAGGACUGGUCAAGCUGGGGGUCCAUUGUAUUACGGGUCAGAAGGUAGCGAUCAAAAUAGUCAACAGAGAGAAGCUGUCUGAGUCAGUCUUGAUGAAGGUUGAGAGAGAGAUUGCCAUUCUGAAACUGAUUGAGCAUCCGCAUGUGUUGAAGCUGCAUGAUGUUUACGAGAAUAACAAAUACCUGUACCUGGUGUUGGAGCAUGUGUCAGGAGGAGAGCUGUUUGACUACCUGGUGAAGAAGGGCCGGCUGACUCCAAAAGAGGCCAGGAAGUUCUUCAGGCAGAUCAUCUCUGCUUUGGAUUUCUGCCACAGUCAUUCCAUCUGUCACAGAGACCUGAAGCCCGAGAACUUGCUCCUGGAUGAGAAGAACAACAUCCGUAUCGCUGACUUUGGCAUGGCCUCCCUACAGGUGGGAGACAGCCUGUUAGAGACCAGCUGUGGAUCACCACAUUAUGCGUGCCCUGAAGUUAUUCGGGGGGAGAAAUAUGAUGGGCGGAGAGCAGAUGUGUGGAGCUGUGGGGUCAUCCUAUUUGCUCUACUGGUGGGUGCCCUGCCUUUUGACCACGACAAUUUGCGCCAGCUCCUGGAGAAGGUGAAGAGUGGGGUGUUCCACAUGCCCCACUUCAUCCCCCCAGACUGCCAGUCUCUGCUCAAGGGCAUGAUUGAGGUCAACCCUGAGAAGAGGCUCACGCUAGAGGCCAUUCAGAAACAUGCCUGGUAUUUGGGUGGUCGUAACGAGCCGUGUCCUGAGCAGCCUCCUCCCAGGCGAGUGUGUGUGAGGCGAAUCUUGUCCCUGACUGAGCUGGACCCAGAUGUGUUGGACAGCAUGCACUCACUGGGCUGUUUCCGAGACCGAGUCAAGCUCACACGCGAUUUGCAAUGUGAAGAAGAAAACCAGGAGAAGAUGAUCUAUUACCUGCUGUUGGACAGGAAAGAGCGCUACCCCAGCUAUGAAGAUGAGGACUUGCCUCCGCGCAAUGACGUAGACCCUCCUCGAAAGCGUGUCGACUCUCCUAUGUUGACGCGCCAUGGCCGCUGCCGCCCCGAGAGGAAAAGCCUGGAGGUGCUGAGUGUUACUGAACAGGGGUCUCCUACCCCGCCACGCAGGGCCCUGGACACAGCUGCACACAGCCAGAGGUCUCGCUCAGUCAGUGGAGCCUCCACUGGUUUAUCCUCCAGCCCUCUCAGCAGUCCCAGGGUCACCCCCCAGGGCUCUCCGUUGCCCACGCCCCUGGGCACCCCUGUCCACCACCCUCACCACCCCUCCUCCACCCCGCCCUCCUCUUCCUCGUCCUCGUCCUCCUCGCGGGCGGAGGGAGGGGGAGGGGUGGGCUCGCUGUCGCUGACCCCGCCCUCCAGCCCAGGAGGGGGAAGCGGUAUGGCAGCCAGCAGCUCCGCCCACUGGAGGACUCGCCUCAAUUCUUUCAAGAACAACCUGCUGGGCUCACCCCGUUUCCAUCGUCGCAAGCUGCAAGUUCCUACAUCAGAAGACAUGUCCAGUCUAACACCAGAAUCCAGCCCAGAGCUGGCUAAGAAGUCGUGGUUUGGUAACUUCAUUGGCUUGGAGAAAGAGGAGCAGAUCUUUGUGGUCAUCAGAGACAAACCCCUGAGUUCUGUCAAAGCCGACAUUGUGCACGCCUUCCUGUCUAUUCCGUCGCUCAGCCACAGCGUCCUCUCCCAGACCAGCUUCCGGGCCGAGUACAAGUCCUCCGGCGGCCCCUCCGUCUUCCAGAAGCCCGUCAAGUUCCAGGUGGACAUUGCCUUCUCAGAGGGCGAGAGGGAACGGGACAGGGAGAGGACCGAGCGGGAGGGCAGGAGGGAGACGGGAAUCUACAGCGUGACGUUCACCCUCAUAUCAGGUCCAAGUCGCAGGUUCAGACGAGUGGUGGAAACGAUUCAAGCCCAGCUUCUCAGCUCCCAUGAUCAACCCAUGGUGCAAGCCCUAUCUGAUGAGAAGAAUGGCCGGCCCCAUGGGACCCCCACCCGCCAAAACUCGAGGCGCUCCGAGGGUGGGGGCGACAGGUGUGAGUGGGGCGACCGAGCAGAUGGCGGAGGCAUAGGAGGCAGCGGGGGAGUUCUGCAGCGCAGAGGCUCGGCAAAAGAGAGAACCCGACUGCUGUCCUCCAACGGAACCCAAUCCCAACCAUAGGAUAGAAAGUGAGACCAUGCAGCAGGAUGCCUGAACUACACCAGAAAGAAGACAGUGUAACUUCAUCUCCAAGUAUCCCUGCAAGCCAUGAGCUACUCCUAUUCUUCCUUGACUAAGUUAUUGACGGUGCUUGACCAUAGCAAGGAUUGAGCCUUUUCCCCAUCAUACUUUUUUUUUCCAACUCAACACUCUUGAUCUUUUGGAUCACCAGGAUUCCUACCCUUAAAUGAGAAAGAAGUUUUAGGGAAUCACCCUUUAAUGAAAAUAAAUAAUACGUGAAUGAGCAGUGUGGUAUCCAUCAUAGAUACAGCUUCACAGAUCAAACUAGGAAUUUUGAAGUGCUAAUGUGCAUGCCAGUUAGCAAAUCAGCCUGCUAAAGGAUGCUGACAUGAUCAGAUAGGCUAGUCUACCAUAUCAUUGUAACACAGUAUCUGACACCAAAAAGAAAUAAUAGUCUUGUGAUGGUUCUCAAGAUUACUCUUAAAAUUAACCAGUGCGCUCAUAACACUAUCAAGCAACACGCAAUUACUGAUCCAUACUGAAAGACGUAUAGAUGUAUCUCAGCAGAUGAACCCUAAAGAGUUAGCAACCUGCUACCACUUCAGCGAGUGCUCACAAGCUGAACAAAAGGUCCUGAUUUUCUCAGGAGAAUUGACAUCCUGGAGUGUCUUCUCCUGAGGUAAAGAAAACCAACAAAGUAAGCUAAGUAAGUGAAUGUGAAAAAAAAUAUUUUUUUAUUUAGUUUUUAUUUAUGUUUACAUAUUUCAUUUGAAGAUGUCAGUAGCACAGUGAUAGCAGUAAAGACAGUGACUGAAAACACUCUGCAGUGUUAGAACAGGUGGAAGCUGACCAGUUGCUUUUUGGCAGGCAUUUGUUUCAAGUUAAAUGUUUUGAUUCUUUUGUAUUUUCUUUUUACUCAGAGACAAUAUGAAACAGUGCACCUAAGAUUUUCGCAUUGGACCCCUGUUGCUCUGAAGAAAAGUAUUUUUGAUUUGAACAGAAAUAUGAACAUUACUAUAUGAAAAGAAAAAAAAACUACACGUGAAUAUUUCCAUGAACCUCAUCACAGCUGUUUGUGUGCAGAUUGAAUGAGAAGAGCAUUCCCAACCCGUGGAUCAAACAGAAGCCACCUUUCUCAUCGAGCUUGUCUCCUAUCGCCAUAGUAUUCACGUACUGACUCAGAACAAAAUAUAAAAGGAAAAAAAAAAGGCAAGGGAAAUUCAUCAGUGGACAUUUUCAUAAUGCCGGACUUUUAAAGGCUUGCGAUGUCAAUUCCUUGUUGAACAGGACUUUGGAAUGGGAAGCAAGCGAAGAGUCUCCUAACCUCAUUGCUCCUCACUUCAGUGUUCACCAACAAGCCAAGUAGUCCAUCACCGCACCCACGCUCAUCACAGAGAGUCGCACCAUUCGGCAAACAGACGUAGCAACUCGGACAGUCAUGUAUUACUCCAGUAUUCUAUCAGACUAGUCGAUGUUCAUCACCAGUCUUCCAUACAGCACAAUAUGCAACAAAAGUGCAGAAUGUUUUCAGAGAGAUGCACAGUGCUACAGUUGUUUAUUUUAAUGAUUUUUUUAUUUUAUUUUAUAUUUGUCUUAUAUAUCCAUCUAUUUAUUUAUUUAUUUUUAUUUAUCUAUUUAUGUAUUUAUUUGGUCACAUGGUUGUUUGUGUCAUGUAUUUGUUUACAAGCUAGAUUUUAUGCCAACAAAAAUAUAUCAAGAGCCAUUAUGAGAAACCUGUUCUAUUUAAUUUCUCAUCACCCACUUGUUUGAGCGCUUAUUUCCACACAAAAGAAUCACUCUGAUAGCAGUACUGACAAGUCUUACUUCUCCAGUGAUCUUUAUUUAGAGCUUGCACCUCUUUUAUCACACUUAAUAUCUGGCAACUGGAAUGUGUGUGUGAGAUGGGUGGAUGAUGGCUGACUGAGAGUGAGCUGAAAUUCUUUUGCGGAUCGGCACAAUUCUGAGCUGAGUGGGCGUGGAGAUUGUUGACUUAUUCAAGAAUAUAAAAUUAAUUAACAUUGCCAAACCCUAACAGGCACAUGGUUUCUCUCACACGCGUUGAAUGCUCGCUAAAUUUGCUUCAUCUCUUGCUUUUAUGCCUUGUCCCUUUGACCUGUCUGUCUUUACCUGUUGUGUAGCCAUCAUCACAAGAGAAACUGUACGAAGUUGUUUGCCUCACUGUCCGUACACACUUUAUGAUUGCUCACUAUCAUCAGUUUCAUCUGUCUCAUCACCACAUCACCUUCACUUUCAUUGGCCCAACUCUGGCUAAGAUUGUAAACUAUUCUCCAUUCAUAAGGGUCAGUAGAAUAAGGUGUUUAAAAAAAGAAAUGUCUGUACCAUAAUUUAAAUAUAAAAAGUGCACUAUUAUAACUAUUGCCUGUGAUAAAAAGAACAAUUAUGAUUGAAUUGAUGGUCAAAAUAAAGAGAGAUCCACCUUAUUGUUAUGGUUACAAUAAUAAACCCUAAAUUCAUGUGUGUGUGUAUUUA